AAAAGGUUUGCUGAGACAGCAAUGGUUUUCCAUUUUUUGUUUUUCCAUCUUGAGACUGGGAGGCAAGCACAUCAUUCGUUAUGCAAGGGAAAGGCAUUGGUGAUGGUACUGCCACAAGGAGAUGUUUGAGAAAAGCAUUGGAGGACAAUCCUGCUUUUGGUAGGGAUAAAAAAGGGGAACCAACCAUUGAAACAUUGGGGAGGACAGGUUGCUGUUUAAAAGGAUUUUUUUUUUUUUGAGGCUGUUAAUCUCUUUUCUGUUCUUCCUAGUUGAUGAGCAGCCACAGGGUUUCUGCUGUGUGCUGUUGCCAUCGCUGGUGCUCCUGGAGUGUACGGAGGGAAGAUGGCAUUCUGGACGCAGCUGGGUUUGCUACUAUGGAAGAAUUUCACUUAUAGGAGAAGGCAAACGGUCCAAUUAUUGAUUGAAAUCACUUGGCCAUUGUUUAUCUUCUUUAUUCUGAUGUCUGUGAGAUUGUCUUAUCCACCUUAUGAACAACAUGAAUGUCAUUUUCCAAACAAGGCCAUGCCUUCGGCUGGAACCCUGCCCUGGGUCCAGGGGAUUAUCUGUAAUGCCAACAAUCCUUGCUUUCGUUCCCCGACACCUGGGGAGACACCCCGCAUUGUUGGCAAUUUUAACGAAUCUAUUGCUUACCGAUUGUUCAAUGAUGCUGAACGCUUGCUAUCAUUUAGCAAGGACAGCAGCAUCAAGGAUGUACCGCAAGUGUUGACAAAAGUGUUGAAAUUUGGGGAAUUUGCUUCAGCAGGUGUCAAAGUUCAGGAUUUUCUGGUUGUCAAUGAGACGUUCUCUGAAUUUCUCCACCACAAGGCUUCCCUAUCACAGCCUGAUAUCGAUGAAAUCCUGAAUGCUGAGGUCAAUCUCCAUCAGGUAAGAAAUAUCCAUCUGUAUGUUCUGUAUGUUCCAAUAUCACAUGCAACCCACCCAAUUAUGGGGAAUUAA